AUGGACCUUCGGGCGCCGCUGUCGUGGCUGCUGCUAUUGAUGAUGCCCCUCGUGCGCAUGUCAGUAGCGGAGAACUUCGCCGGGAUGACGAUCUCAGCGCGAAUGAAACAGCUCAUCGACACGGGCAUCGAGGCGCCAAAACUGAAACUCAAUGCAACACUCCCCCUUGAUGUACAGUAUCGACUGAACGAGAAAGAUCUGGCGUGGCAAGACUUGGGUGGAACCCAGCAGCGACUCGUGCUCUGGGAUCAGGGCUACGUCGUCACAAGCAGCAACAAGACUCGCCAGAUCUUGGUGCGCUGUGACCUCGGAAUGGACGACGUAGUGGUGUCACGUCAAGAAUUCGAGAGUCUGCGGAAUUGUCCGUCUACUUUGUGUACGGACCCCAUGAGCUCUGAAGCUGUGUUGCGUGGAACAACUUGUGCUGUCAGUGAGAUCGAAUCGGUAGCCAAGUGUGCUGUGCUCGUGUCGGAAAGCGAGGCGAAUGCGGCGUCAGUGGACGUGGAAACGAGUUUGAUCUGGGCUGAAGAAGUAGCCAACACGGAUGUCCCGAUGCCGACUGUAUAUCGUCACUCCUUAAAGACCUUCGUCAUUACAAUGCAAACUCCUACAAUCGGUAAGAGCUGCCCCCAUCAGCUUGCGCUGACCAUCCCAUGUGUGACUGUGCAGUCCUCGGAUGAUAGCAGCAAAUGGUGCGCACCACGCAAAUCCGGAGUAGUGUCGAGUUUACUUCAGGAGCUUGUCGAUCUUCGACAAUCUCACUCAAGUGACACGGAGUCUUCAGGAAUGAUGAUCGCAAUCUCGGCAGGAGUGCUCAUUCUACUACUUUGCGUAAUUGGAUUCAUGUUCAUUCGCCAUCUACUUCAGAAACGCAAGCAGACAAGCGGUAGUCAAGAACUCAUCGAGAAGUCGAUUUUGGAUCAUUACGCACUCACUUCUGGAGGCGGCUUCUUCGUGGGAACCCAUGAAAGCAACGAUGCUACCGACUCGAUAUCGUCUGAGCUCUCUGGCUUUGAGACUGAUCUAGAAAUGGAUAUCUGCAAGAGAUUUUCGAAUACGUCGGGACGGUCAGAGGUUGAUUACUCCGACGUCCUCAGUGCGUCGAAGGUGUUGAUGAUGUUCCAGAAUGACCCUCUCGUCCAUGCAUUACGUGUGCCUAUCAUUGAUGUCAAUGGUGACAAGAUGAUAUCACGUGGCAGGGAAGGAUCUCCGAAUGAAGUUCUAGUUGGGACUCUUGGACCUCGGGAAGUUGUUCUCAAGCGCUUGCGGGCUUUUAAACGUAACGAUACGCGUGCAGUGGAACGUCUGGCUCGUGAGAUUCGCAUGCUGGCGAUGCUAGAGCAUCCAAACAUCGUGAACAUCGUGGGUGUUGCGUGGAAUUCGUUCCAAAACCUCGUGGCAAUAUGCGAAAACCACCGAAGUGGUGACUUGCGACGUGCACUGCGCAGUGGAGAGAAGGCGCAACAUUGGACGUGGACCCGACAAAAGCUACAGAUUGCUAUGGGUGUACUACGCGGCUUGUCGUUCCUUCAUGCACAUUCGCCACCGAUUAUCCAUGGCGCUAUCGAGCCACGUCAUAUCCUGUUGAACUCGACUACAGGAGAACCGGCGCUUUGUGGGCUUGGACAGAGCGCUAACCGAGUUUCGAGUGCGAAUGAGACCAAAUACAGGACAAUUGGAGAUGGCGGUAUUUGGAGCAGUCCAGAAGUGCAAGGAGUACGCUUGUUCUCGGAGAAAGCAGAUGUCUAUUCGUUCGGCGUGGUGUUGGUGGCACUUGAUACCGGCAAGCUAUUGAUCGAUGUCACUAGAGACGAUCUGCUCGAGUUGUUGACACCUGUAUGUCCUGAAUUUAUCCUCAAAAUGGCACACGCUUGUCUUCAUAGUGAUCCUGCUGCACGUCCGACAUCUCAAGAAUUACUGCAACAGUUAGAAGACAUUUCUGGAACGAGCAGUUCCUGGACUUCUCAUGAAUACCCCAAAUAUGCGAAAAGCAGACUACAUGUAGUAGAUCAAAAUGACCGACCACACUUCUACCUGUAG